AGCGUGUACGUUUUGUUAAACAAGACGGGAACAUAUUAAUUUUCUGUGAUAGAUUGUCAACAUUGCGAUAGUUGUACGAUAUAACGUAUAUUGCAUAAAUAAAACGUGACGCGUGGUCGACAUGAAAAACUUCGUCGAAACUCAACUUUCUUGGCUCGCCCUUUUGUUGACAGCAUUUUACUCCCUGCUGGCAAGCUGUCGAGGCGAAUCAUGCGGACCAGAAGAAUUGGCCCGAUGUGCAAGACCGUUGCAAACCCUCUCAAGCGACUGGUCAGAAUUGGUUACUACGAAGGAACAACUCCAACGAGUCUGCAUAGAACUAUCGUCGGCGGUGUCGUGCAUAAAAAGGUACACCGCUCAAUGCAUGAACGAACCUCAACGGCAACACUUCAACGAACUUUACGUAGACGUGAAUACAGCGAUAAUGGAACUCUGUCAGGAGGGACCUUAUCAAGACAAUUUUCUAAAACACAUGCCGUGCAUGCAACAAGUCAAACCGCAAUUCGACAGCUGUUCGCAUAAAUAUACAGCCCAGAUGCAGGAGAUGCGUGUUAUCAAGCCCAACGAUCCAAUGAAAGAGAUUUGCUGUUCAUUCCAAAAUUAUCUCGACUGUUCGUAUCGCACGGUGUUGGUAAAAUGCGGCGAGGAAACCGCUACUUUUACAAAAGAAUUCUUCGAUAGAACAUCUUCCUCUCUGAUCAAGAAACAUUGCGAAAAGUUCCCGAUCAAGAAAUGUCUGUCUAGUUCAGGAGCCGUAGCCAAAACCGAAGGACUAUUUUUAUCGAUAGUUUUACUCACAGUCGGCAGAUACUUAUUCCUCUAAGCUUUCAACACCGACUCAUCGAAUCAAACAA